CAUUUUGAAUUGUAACAUGGCGGUCAAAGUCGAUCACGUUCUGGAUUAAUGAAUUGUGAUUUUAUUAAACGUCGUUUACAAAGAAAUUAUGGAUUCUGUGCGAAGAUUCGUGGAGUUUUAACUCAAAUGCGGAUGUAUUUCGUACUUUGAUGUUGCUUUUCCUUGUAAUAUAGGAUUGGCUGGCCCUUGGUGCGCGUCUUUGGGUUUCGACCCAAGCCGCAUUUGUUAUAAUAAUAUCGAUUAAUUUAUUGUCCAAAAAUGAUGAUGUAUACGGGUACAAGUACUGAGCAAGAUACUCGCUUCAGUGACAAGGAGAAGAAAUUAAUGAAACAAAUGAAGUUUGGUGAUUGCUUGACUCAGCAGGUGGACAUGUCCAAGGUGAAACUGGACGUGUUGAAGCCAUGGAUCACGCAGAAGAUCACAGAAAUCCUCAAGAUGGAAGAUGACGUCGUCAUCGAUUAUGUGAACAAUCAAUUAGAGGAAAAGUUCCCUUGUCCAAAGAAGAUGCAGAUCAACUUGACUGGAUUCCUUAACGGAAAGAACGCAAGGCUGUUCAUGGGCGAGCUGUGGGAGCUGCUGCUGAGCGCGCAGGCCAGCGAGAACGGCAUCCCAGAGUCCUUCACGCAGCAGAAGAAGGAAGAGAUCAAGAAAAGAAUGGAAGAGCAGCAGAAGGACAAGGAUAAAGACAAGGAUCGUCGUCGGUCGCGUUCGCGUUCGCGUCGCCGCUCGUCGCGCGACAGACGUCGCUCGCGGUCUCGGUCGCGUGAUCGCUCGUCCGACAGGAAGCAUCGAAGUGGAGGCAGCCCGCGGCGCUCGAGGAGGCGCAGCCGCGACCGCAGCAGCCAGUCGAAGCCUCCGCACGUUGAUGAAAUAAAGCUACCGGAACCUAAGGAGAAUGGAAAGUCUCCUGUCAAGAAGGAAGAAGAAACGGAGCCAAAGGAAGAAGUCAACCAUAACUCGACGUCCGAGUCGAUUAAAGAUGACUCGAAGCUUGACGAUUCGGUGAAGGAGAAAGAAGAAAAGAAAGUGGAGGAAACCAAGUCUAGAUCAGCAUCACCCAAUAAGUCAGCACCGGAGCAGAAGGAAGAAGAGAAGCCAGUAGAGAAGGCGCGGAACUCGUCCAGCGAUCGACGCUCGUCAUCUGCCUCGUCUCACGGGAGUGCGAAGAAGAGAUCUUCGCACAAGAAACGGCAGUACCGCUCCAACCGCGACUCGUCCGCCAGCGUGAGCCCGCGCCGCAGUUCUCGCAGGGACAGGAGCAAAUCGCGUCGUCGCAGUAGCCGCCCGCGCCGGUCUGUGGAGCGGCGAGAGCGGGAGCGCGAGCGCGAGAGAGAACGUGAGAGGGAGAGGGCCCGCCGCCGCGAGCGAGAGAGACGGGAGAGGUCGCGAGAACGUCGCCGAUCGCUUGAAAGACGUAGACGUUCGCGUUCACGCUCUCGACGACGUUCAAGAGACAGGUCUCGUGAUCGCCGCCGUUCGCGUUCGCGUAGGCGUUCGCGCUCUCGGCAUCGCUCCGGGCGCGGCUCGAGGGAGCGUCGCUCCAGAGAUCGUCGCUCCAGGGAACGACGCUCUAGGGACAGAUCCAGGGACAAACGAUCAAGGGACAGAUCUGGAAAGGAACCAAGAAGAUCCAGGGACAGAAAAUCUCGCGACAGAAGAUCAAGCGAUUUGAUCAAAGAACGUUUGGAGAAGUCUGUCUCUAUACCACGUAAGGAAAACAUUGAAAAGUUGCGUAAGAAGUCGCCGGAACGGAUAUCAAUUCCGAGAGAGCGAUCCAAGGAACGGAUUAUUUCAAGUUCAAGCAGAGAGUCUUCUGUUGUUCAAGAAAAACCUCCACCUCAAAACGAAGUCCAGACAACCAAGAUUCAAUCUUCAGAUGAGGAAGAUCGGGAUGAUUUCAUUUCAAUUCCAGUGUUACGUGAAUAUUCUAAGAGUUUGUCGCGCACUCCGUCACCCUUCUUACGAAAACACGAAAUAGAAAAUAACAAGAAAUCAGACCGAUCUGGAGAUGAUGCCUCGGGUAAAGAACAAAAUGAGGAAGAUACUAAGGUUCCUGAGAUAAAGAAACCCAAACGUAAAGGUAAACAGUCUGAAUCCGAAAGUGAAAGUAGUGAAGAAGUUACAAAAUCGAAGAGCAAAGCUAAAGUUAAACGUAAGGAGAAACCUACUUCAAAAAGAUCAAAGAAAUCUAAGAAAGAGAGCUCGUCAAGCGAUAGUGACUCUGAUGAUUCUUCUUCGAGUGAUUCUGAAGAUCGGAAGAAGAAAAGCAAAAAGAACGCCAAGAAGAAAUUGGCAAAGAAGGCUCGAAAGAAGAGAGCUAGGUCUUCUAGUUCGGAAUCCAGUUCCGAGGAAGAGGUAAAACGUAAGAGCUCAAAAGGCAAGCAGAAGAGUAUGACAGAAGACUCCGACACAGAAAAAAAAUCUAAAAAACGUACUAAAGAUAGUAAUUUAGAUCGCUCUAAACUUGACAAAAAUGAGAGUAAACCAAUGAAGUCAAAGAAAAUUGAGAAUUCUGAGGACUCGCAUGAUGAUAGUUCCGAUAGCGAUGAAAAGUCUAAUAAAAAGAAAACAAAGCAUGAUUCUUCUUCUUCAGAAAAAGAAGUGAGACGUAAGAAAGUUGAACCCGCCAAGGAGAAAAUCGCGUCACCUGAAGUUUCUAAAGCGCGUAAGGGGGAAGACAAAUCUUCGAAAGUAAAACAUACAGAUGAAUUGAAAACAAAACCGCGCGAGGACACUGAGAAGAAAGCAAAGAAAAGAGAAAAAGAAGAUUCAUCUUCUGAUAGUGAUCAAGUGACAAAGAAAAAGCCAAGAAAGAAAGUUUCAGACUCUGAAUCUGAUUCAGAUAGUGAUGAACCUAAGAAGUCCAAAAAGGCAAAGAAGCAUAAGAAACACUCAAAGAAGCAUAAGAAACAUAAGAAACACAAGAAGGCGUCUAAACGCAAAGACGACUCCUCAGACAGUGACGAGGCUGAGGAAGAAGAGGAAGAGGAAGGAAAAGUUAACAAUGAGGAUUUGGAAAAGAAACUUCGAGAAAGAGCUUUAAAAUCUAUGAAGAAGCAGACGAGCGUGUCCGGCUCUGAUUAGUGUUUAUUUAAAGUCUCAUUACAUUCACUUUAUAAAUGAGUAGUUGUACACUGAAAGAAAAAAGUUUUAAGUUGUAAAUGUGAAAUGACUGUUUUUGAUGUUUGCUGUCAUGAAAUUAAAAAAAAAAUUCUUUACUCUUCAGUAUUUAGGAGUAUGUCAUCGUGCAAUUUCAUAAUGUAACUAUUACAAGAUGCAUACAACUGAUAUUGACAUGCAUCGCGAUUCAAUUUUAAUAAUAAUUAAAGUGCGAAUCGAUUACAUUUAAUUUUUUCUUUAUGCUACAUACAUUUUAAAGAAGUAGGAAUUAUAAGAUAAUUAUUUUUUGUCUUUGUUAGUAAUAAAAUUUCCUAAAUAUAUUAA